AUGAUAACUUCUCCGAUUAGAUACCUUGGUCAAACAACACCGAGGUUCUUAUUAUGCCGACAACAUAUCAAUGUUGUUUCCCUUCACAACAACUACAACAACAAAUACAACAACAAAUAUUCAACUACAUCAUUGUCACGUAAUGUCAAUGAUGAUCCAAUAUUCUAUCAUAGAGACCUACAUUCAAACAAGGAUGUCUUUGUCAUUGGCACAGCACACAUCUCAAAGCGCAGUGCUGAGCAGGUCAAGCAGUUCAUUCGCGAUGUAAAGCCCGACACUGUAGUACUGGAGCUGUGUCAAUCACGAUUCGACAAGUUAAAGUCUGAACAGAAUGUUCGCAACAUUGAGCCAUACCAACAGUCUAAACCACUGACCAGUAUAUUCGCAGAGAUAAUGGCUGGACUAAGAUCAGGUCAACUCAAUGCCGGUAAUAUUCUUAAUAUAUUGAUCAAGAACUAUUACAAUACAUUUAGAGUGAUGGGUAUUGUUCCUGGUCUUGAGUUCAAGUUUGCCAUCAACGAGGCUGAUGCACUAAAGGCAAACAUUGUAUUAGGUGAUCUUCCAGUUAAUGAAACAAUGAGUAAUUUAGCACAGAGCCUAAAGACAGAGUUGCUACCAAUGGUUGGCGGAUCAAUGAUGGGAGGACUUGGUGCACUCAACAUGGCAAAUAUCAUGAACAUGGCAUCCAACAUGAAGAUGGACCAAUCUAAAAUGGCAGAUUGGUCUAGGGUCAACGAUAUAUUGGCACCACUGGUGGAGGAGCUGAGCAAACCAGCAGUCACAGAGGAAGAGUUGGAGAGUGCAUUCAAAAAGGUGUUGACCAAUGCCAAUCUACAAGAGAUAAGAUCAACAUUCCAACGUUCGUUGCCAAUGACAUACGAUGCAUUUUUGUUGGAUCGUGAGAGGUCCAUCACCAAAUCAAUCCUAUCCUCCAAGGGCAACAGAGUGCUGGCUGUCGUUGGUGCUAUGCACGUCGAUGGUAUAAAGGGUAUGCUUGAAGAGAAGAAUAGAUAA